AUGGCUAUCCAAAAUUCCAAGCUUUUCGCUCCUGUUAAAAUCGGAUCAGUAGAUCUUAAACACCGAGUUGUUAUGGCUCCUUUGACCAGAUUUAGAGCUGAAAAGGAUACUGGUGUUCCAUCAGAAUACGCAGCUGAAUAUUAUUCGCAACGUGCUACAGAUGGUGGUUUGCUUAUAACCGAAGCCACUUUCAUCUCUGAAGCUGCAAGAGGAUAUCCCUCUGUUCCUGGUAUUUAUAAGCCUGAACACGUCGAGGGCUGGAAGAAGAUCAAUGAAGCUGUUCACAAGAAAGGUGGAAAGAUUUUCGCCCAAUUAUGGCAUCUUGGACGAGUCGCCAAGAUAUCACCUGUGAUUUACGCUGCUUCAGAUAUCGCAGAUUCCACGAGUGAUGAUCCCAAACCCGAAUUACACGUUAUGACCGAGGAAGAUAUCGAUAGGACAGUCGGUGAAUACGCCCAUGCUGCUAAGACAGCUAUUGAAGCUGGAUUUGACGGUGUAGAGAUCCACGGAGCCAACGGAUAUCUUCUUGAUCAAUUUUUACAACCCGUUUCAAAUCAACGAACAGACUCUUACGGUGGUCCACUCGAAAACCGAUUCAGAUUCCCUCUUCGAGUUUUGAACGAAGUCUGCGCCGCAAUCGGUGCUGAUAAAGUAGGGAUCAGAAUGUCUCCCUUUGGAAGAUUCCAGGGAAUGCGGGGAGACUUUAAGCCGCUUGAAACCUUUGUUCCAUGGACAGAAGCAAUCGUCAAAGCUCAACCCCAACUAGCCUACAUACACGCUAUCGGUAACCGAACUCAAGGAAACGACGAUAUAUCUCUUGACAAACAAGUCUCCGAAGAUACUCUUGAUCCUAUUAGAGAUGCUACUGUUAAAGCAGGUAUCAAAUUCCUUAACGCAGGUGGUUUCGGUGGUAAAGAGGGUAACCCCCAAAAACAAGCUGAUGAAUCUGGCGAUUUGAUCGUUUUCGGAAGACACUUCAUCUCCAACCCUGACUUGGUCUACCGACUCAAGAACGAUUUGCCUUUAGCUCAUUAUGACAGAGAUACUUUUUAUUCCUCUGGUCCUCACGGUUACGUCGACAUCCCCGAAUACAAAGAAGGUAAGGAGGACGGAUCUAAAUGA